UCAGUAGCAGAAGAAAUGGAGAUAAUGUUUCCUCUCCAUGAGAUUCUGCUAACACCCAUAGUUGAAGAUGUAUUAGCUUCUCUGAAUGAGAAGCUGCUCUCAUCUGAUGCUGAGGUGAUACUAGCACCAGAAGUUGAGCAACUGGAAUCUGCAGAUGAGUUGCCACAGGAAGUCAUGGUGAGAUCAGUACCAGAAUUUGAGGAGUCACUGGUAUCUGAAGAUGUAAAAAUAUUGUUACCAGAAGUUAAGGAUGCACAUAUUGAGGAGUCACAAGUAUCCGAAAAUGUGGGGACCUUGAUACCUGGAGCUCUGGAUAAACAUACAUUUGAAGUCAAAGAAGCAUUGGUGCCUGAAAUAGAAGAAAUAUUAGUGCCUGAAAUCGUGGAAGUAUUGGUUCCAGAAAUUAAGGAGGACUGGAACUCUGAAAUUGACAUUGAAUGGGUACCAGAAAUUCAGGAGACAUUUGAUCCUAGAAUUGGUGAGAUACUGGUAUCAGAAGUUCAAGAGACAUCAAUGUUUGAUAGUAAGAAAACUUUGGUGUUGGCAUUUCAGGAGACAGUGAUGCCAGAAGUUAUUGAUACUUUAGUUUCUGAAGUUCAGGAGACACUUGUGUCCAAGGACCACAAGACUUUGACACCUGAAGCCAAAGAGGUACUGCCAUUUGAAGUUGAGGAGAUAAUACAUGAAAUUCAAAUGACAGUAGUUUCUGAAGUUGAGAAAACAUUAGCUGUUGAAGUUGCAAAAACUUUAACACAGGAAUUAAAGGGGACACUGGUGCCUGAUUUCAUGGAGAAGCAAAUACUUGAAGUUAAAGAGGCUAGGAUGUCAGAAGUAGAGGGAAUUUUAGCACCCAAAAUUGAGCAGACACUGGUGCAUGAAAUUAAGAAAACACUGGUGCCUGAAGAUGAGAAGUCUUUAACACCUGGACUAGGACAGACAUUAGUGCAUGAAAUUAAGCAAACAAUGGUGCCUGAAGUUGAGACAGGGAUGCUGUCUGAAAGUGAGGAUAAUUUAGUGCCUGACAGGACUUUUCUGUAUGAAGUUGAAACACUUCUAUCUGAUAUUGAAGAGAUUGUAGUACCUGAGAUUGAAGUGAUUGUAACUCUUGAAGAUGAUAAGACUUUAAUGCCUGAAGUUGAGCAGGCAAUGGUACAUGAAAUUAAGGAAUCACUGGUGUAUGAAGUUGAGACAAGGCCACUGUCUGAAGUUGAGGAGACUUUUAUAAAUGAAGUUGAGACAAAUCUGGUGCCUGAAGAAGCUCUUAUGUACGAGGUUGAGAUGUUAUUGCCCAGUGUUCCUGAGACACUGGUGCCUGAGGCUGAGGAGACACUGGUGUCUCAGGUUGAGGAGACACUGGUGCCUGUUGCUGAGGAGACACUGGUGCCUGUGACUGAAGAGAGACUGUUGCCUGAAGUUGAGGAGACACUGGUGCCUGUGACUGAAGAGAUUCUGUUGCCUGAAGUUGAAGAGACACUGGUGCCUGUGACUGAAGAGAUACCAUUGACUGAAGUUGAAGAGACACUGUUGCCUGAAGUUGAAGAGACACUGUUGUCUGUGACUGAAGAGACACUGGUGCCUGUGGCUGAGGAGACACUGUUGCCUGAAGUUGAGGAGACACUGGUGCCUGAAGUUAAAGAGACACUGUUACCUGAAGUUGAAGAGACACUGUUGCCUGUGAUUGAAGAGACACUGUUGCCUGUGAUUGAAGAGACACUGUUGCCUGUGAUUGAAGAGACACUGUUGCCUGAAGUUGAAGAGACACUGUUGCCUGAAGUUGAAGAGACACUGGUGCCUGAAGUGGAAGAGACACUGGUGCCUGUGACUGAAGAGACAUUGUUGCCUGUGACUGAAGAGACACUGUUGCCUGAAGUUGAAGAGACACUGUUGCCUGAAGUUGAAGAGACACUAUUGCCUGUGACUGAAGAGACACUGUUGCCUGUGACUGAAGAGACACUGUUGCCUGAAGUUGAAGAGACACUAUUGCCUGUGACUGAAGAGACACUGUUGCCUGUGACUGAAGAGACACUGUUGCCUGUGACUGAAGAGACACUGUUGCCUGAAGUUGAAGAGACACUGGUGCCUGAAGUUGAGAAGACACUGGUGCCUGUGACUGAAGAGACACUGUUGCCUGAAGUUGAAGAGACACUGUUUCCUGUGACUGUAGAGACACUGGUGCCUGUGACUGAAGAGACACUGUUGCCUGAAGUUAAGGAGACACUGGUGCCUGUGACUGAAGAGACACUGUUGCCUGAAGUUGAAGAGACACUGGUGCCUGUGACUGAAGAGACACUGGUAGAAAAUGUUUUGUAUGAAGUUGAGAUACUAUUGACUAAAGCUGAAGAGACAUUGGUAUCUGAGGCUGAGGAAACACUGGUGCCUGAGGCUGAGGAGACAGUGGUGGCUGCAGCUGAAGAGACACUGGUGCCUGAGGCUGAAGAGACACUGGUGCCUGAGGCUGGAGAGACACUGGUGCCUGUGGCUGAAGAGACACUGGUGUCUGAGGCUGAGGAGACACUGGUGCCUGAGGCUGAGAAGACACUGGUAUCUGAGGCUGAGGAGGCACUGGUGCCUGAGGCUGAAGAGACACUGGUGUCUGAGGCUGAGGAGACACUGGUGCCUGAGGCUGAGGAGACACUGGUAUCUGAGGCUGAGGAGGCACUGGUGCCUGAGGCUGAAGAGACACUGGUGCCUGAGACUGAGGAGACACUGGUGUCUGAGGCUGAGGAGACACUGGUGUCUGAGGCUGAAGAGACACUGGUGUCUGAGGCUGAGGAGACACUGGUACCUAAGACUGAGGAGACACUGGUGUCUGAGGCUGAGGAGACACUGGUGCCUGAGGCUGAAGAGACACUGGUGUCUGAGGCUGAAGAGACACUGGUGCCUGAGGCUGGAGAGACACUGGUGCCUGUGGCUGAAGAGACACUGGUGUCUGAGGCUGAGGAGACACUGGUGCCUGAGGCUGAGAAGACACUGGUAUCUGAGGCUGAGGAGGCACUGGUGCCUGAGGCUGAAGAGACACUGGUGUCUGAGGCUGAGGAGACACUGGUGCCUGUGGCUGAGGAGACACUGGUAUCUGAGGCUGAGGAGGCACUGGUGCCUGAGGCUGAAGAGACACUGGUGCCUGAGACUGAGGAGACACUGGUGUCUGAGGCUGAGGAGACACUGGUGUCUGAGGCUGAAGAGACACUGGUGUCUGAGGCUGAGGAGACACUGGUACCUAAGACUGAGGAGACACUGGUGUCUGAGGCUGAGGAGACACUGGUGCCUGAGGCUGAAGAGACACUGGUGUCUGAGGCUGAAGAGACAGUGGUGCCUGAGGCUGAAGAGACAUUGGUGCCUGAGGCUGAGGAGAGACUGGUGCCUGUGGCUGAAAAGAGACUGGUGUCUGAGGCUGAGGAGACACUGUUACCUGAGACUGAGGAGACACUGGUGCCUGAGGCUGAGGAGACACUGGUGCCUGUGGCUGAAGAGAUGCUGGUGUCUGAGGCUGAGAAGACACUGGUACCUGAGACUGAGGAGACACUGGUGUCUGAGGCUGAGGAGACACUGGUGCCUGAGGCUGAAGAGACACUGGUGCCUGAGACUGAGGAGACACUGGUGUCUGAGGCUGAGGAGACACUGGUGCCUGAGGCUGAAGAGACACUGGUGUCUGAGGUUGAGGAGAUACUGGUAUCUGAGGCUGAGGAGGCACUGGUGCCUGAGGCUGAGGAGAUAGUGUUGCCUGAAGCUGAGGAAACACUGGUGCCUGAGGCUGAGGAGGCAGUGGUGCCUGCAGCUAAAAAGACACUGAUGUCUGAGGCUGAGGAGACACUGUUGCCUGAGGCUGAAGAGACACUGGUGCCUACUGCUGAAGAGAUGGUGGUGCCUGAGGCUGAAGAGACACUGGUGCCUGAUGCUGAGGAAACACUUGUGACUGAGGCUGAGGAGACACUGAUGCCUGCAGCUGAAGAGAUGGUGGUGCCUGAGGCUGAAGAGACACUGGUGCCUGAAGCUGAAGAGACAGUGUUGCCUGAGACUGAAGAGACACUGGUGCCUGAAGCUGAAGAGACACUGGUGCCUGAAGCUGAAGAGACAGUGGUGUCUGAGGCUGAAGAGACACUGGUGCCUGAAGCUGAAGAGACACUGGUGCCUGAAGCUGAAGAGACAGUGGUGUCUGAGGCUGAAGAGACACUGGUGCCUGAAGCUGAAGAGACAGUGGUGCCUGAGGCUGAAGAGACGGUGGUGCCUGAAGGUGAAGAGAUGAUGGUGCCUGAGGCUGAGAAGACACGGGUGCCUGCAGCUGAAGAGACAGUGGUGUAUGAGGCUGAUGAGACACUAGUGCCUGUGGUUGAAGAGACACUGGUAUCUGAGGCUGAGAUGGUGGUGUUUGAGGCUGAAGAGACAGUAGUGCUUGAGGCUGAAGAGACAGUAGUGCUUGAGGCUGAAGAGACAGUAGUGCUUGAGGCUGAAGAGUCACUGGUGCUUGCAGCUGAAGAGUCAGUGGUGUAUGAGACUGAGAAGACACUAGUGUCUGGGGUUGAAGAGACACUGGUGCUUGAAUCUGAGGAAACAGUAGUACCUGAGGUUGAGGAGACACUGGUACUUGAGGUUGAGAAGAUGUUCAUGCCUGAGGCUGAAGAGACACUGGUAUUUGAGGCUGAGGCGACAUGGGUGCCUGAGGCUGCAGACACACUGAUAUCUGAGGCUGAAGAGACAGUGGUGCACGAGGCUGAGACGGUGGUGCCUGUGGCUGAAGAAACACUGGUGCCUGAGACUGAGGAGACAGUGGUGCCUGUAGCUGAAAAGGCACUGGUGCAUGAAGCUGAGGAGGCACUGGUGCCUGAAGCUGAGGAGACACUGGUGCCUGAAGCUGAAGAAACACUGGUGCCUGAGACUGAGGAGACAGUGGUGCCUGUAGCUGAAAAGGCACUGGUGCCUGAAGCUGAGGAGGCACUGGUGCCUGAAGCUGAGGAGACACUGGUGCCUGAAGCUGAGGAGACACUGGUAUCUGAGGCUGAGGAGACAUUGUUGCCUGAGGCUGAGGAGACACUGGUGUCUGAGGCUGAGGAAACAUUGGUGUCUGAGGCUGAGGAGACACUGGUGUCUGAGGCUGAGGAAACAUUGGUGUCUGAGGCUGAGGAGACACUGGUAUGUGAGGCUGAGGAGACACUGGUAUGUGAGGCCCAGGAGACACUGGUAUGUGAGGCCCAGGAGACACUGGUAUCUGAGGCUGAGGAAACAUUGGUGUCUGAGGCUGAGGAGGCACUGGUAUCUGAGGCUGAGGAGACAUUGUUGCCUGAGGCUGAGGAGACACUGGUGUCUGAGGCUGAGGAAACAUUGGUGUCUGAGGCUGAGGAGGCACUGGUAUCUGAGGCCCAGGAGACACUGGUAUCUGAGGCUGAGGAGACAGUGGUGCCUGAGGCUGAGGAGACACUUAUAUCUGAGGCUGAGGAGAGACUGGUCCCUGAGGCUAAAGAGGUGUUAGUGGCUGAGGCCAAGGAGACAGUGGUGUCUGAGGCUGAGGAGACAGUAGUUCCUGAGGCUGAAGAGACACUGAUACUUGAGGCUGAAGAGACACUGGUGCCUGAGGCUGAGGAGACAGUUGUGCCCGAGGCUGAGGAGACACUGGUGCCUAAGUCUGAGGAGACAGUGGUUCCUGAGUCUGAGGAGACAGUGGUGCCUGAGGCUGAAGAGACAGUGGUGCCUGAGGCUGAGGAGAUAGUGGUGUCUGAGGCUGAGGAGACAGUGGUGCCUGAGGCUGAGGAGACACUGGUGCCUGAGGCUGAGGAGACACUGGUGCCUGAGGCUGAGGGGACAGUAGUGCCUGAGGUGAAAGAGAUAGAGUUGCCUGAGGCAGAGGAAAUAGUGCCUGGGAUUGAUAAGAUGGUGGUGUUUGAAGUUGAAGGGACAAUUGUGGCUGAAGAUGAGAAAAUACUGAUCCCAGAAGUUGAGUCACUGGCAUUUGUAGUUCAGGAGGCAAGGAUAUUAACAACAAAUGAACUUUUAACACCUGAAACUGAUAAGAUAUCCCUACCUGAAAUUGAGGUGCUAGAAUAUGAAGCUGAGAUGGUGUUGACAUCUAAAGUUGAAGAGGCAUGUGCUUCUGUUGUUAAUGAGGCAGUGACAUCUGAAUUAGAAAUGCCGUCCCAAAUUAUAGGGGCACAGAUACUUAAAGUUGAGGAGUUGCUGACAUUCAAGAUUGAGGAGAUAUCAGCACCUGACAUUGAGAAGACACUGACAUCUGAAGGUCAGGAUUUAUUGGUACCUGAAGUUAAGAAUGUAGUAACAUCAGAAGUUGAGAUGGGAGUAGCACCUGAAGGUCAGGAUGAAAUGUUAUCUGAAGUAGAGAAGGUACGGAUGCCUAGAGUUAAAGAGAUCCAAGCACUUAAAGUUGAGGUUGAACAAACACUUGGAAGUCAAGAAGCAAUACCAGCUAAAGUAGGAAGGACAUUAGUUCCUGAAAUCGAAGAUGUAAUUACACCUGAAGUUGAGGUAUUGUCUCUUCAUGGGGCUUUUUUAUUUGAAGUUGAUGAAGCACUGUCAUCAGAAGUUCUAUCAAUAGUACACCCUGAGAUUAAGGAUGUGCAAGAAAUUGGAAUUGAGGCUUUAGAAGCACGUAAGAUUGAAGAGAUAACACCACCAGAGAUUGAGGAUGCAAUAUCAGUUGAAAUAGAGAAGGAACUAGCAUUUGAAAUUGAUACAUUUUCUGAAGUUAAAGUAGUACAAGCAACUGAAGAUCAAGAGACACUUACGCCUGAAGUUGAGGUAGAACUGUUAGAAACAAAAUUUAAGACACAUGAAGCUGGUAAAGCAUUGUCUCUGGAAGUUGUGGAGACAAAAGUAGUUGAUGAUGCAGGGGAAUUGACACCACAAGUUAAGGAAGUAUUAAAACUGGCACCUGAAGUUGAGGCAAUAGUGGCGCUGACAUAUGUAGCUGAAGAAUCAUGGGCACCUGAAGUUGAGGAGAGCCAGGCACUAGAAAUUGAGGAGUUGAUGGCAUCUGAAGUUGAGAAGAUAUUAGCAUCUGAAAAUCAUGAACUGUUACCAUCUCAAGUUGAAAUGCCACUGCCACUUGUGAUUGAGGAAAUUUUACCAUCAGAAUUUGAAACUUUGGCCUUUGAAGUUGAGGCUCAGAAACAGGAAGUGGAGGAAAUAUUGUUACCUGAAUUUGAGGCCAUGCAGGCAUCUGAUUUUGAGGAUUCACUAAGACAUGAUGUUAUGUUGGUAGUGGUAUCUGAGGAUGAAGUAGAAAAUAUCGAAGUUGAGAAGAAAAUGGCAGCUGAAGUCCAAGAAACACUGAUUUUAGAAGUUAAAAGUGCAAUGGCACCUGAAGCAGAAGAGAUACUGAGAAUUGAAGUUGAAGCACCUUUGCCAUCUGAAGUUGAGGCAGUAGAAGAACCUCAAGUUGGGUUAGGACUGGCAAUUGAAUCUGAAGAGUUACUGGAAUCUGAUAUAGAGGAGGCAGUAGUAUCUGAAAUUGAGAUGCUGGAAUCUGAAGCUAAAGUAAUAUCACCAUUUGAAUUUGAGGAGUUUGUUAUCCAUGAAUUUCAGGAGCUAUGGGCACCUGAAAUCAAAGAAAUAGUAGCACCUGAACUUGAUUUAUUAGCACCUGAAGCUAUGGAAUCAUUGGCACCUCAUAUUGAGGAAUCACUGCCAUCCAAGGUUGAGGUAAUAGCCCUUGCAGUUGAUAUGACAGCACCUGAUGUGAAGGUACUUGGGCCAGAGACUAAGGUAGUAUUAGGACAUGAAGUUAAGAUGAUGUAUACACCUGAAGUUGAGGAAGUGUUAUCACCUGUAGUUGAGGAGAUGCUGAUUCCUGAAGUUGAAAUACUAGUACCUGAAAGUGUGAAAGUACUGGUAAGUGAAGUUGAAGCACUGACAUCUAAUGUUGAGGAAGUAUUGACAUCUGAAAUUGAUAAGAUACUGGCACUUGAAGCUGAGAACAUAGUAGCUUCAGAAGUUGAGAAGGUGUUAACAACUGAAGUUGAAGAGAAACUGCCACGAGAAAAGGAUGAGGCAGUAGUAUCACAAUAUAAGACCCUUGAUGCUGAGGUUGGGUUACUGUUUCAUGAAGUUGACAAGGCACUGGAACUUGAAGUUGAAACACUGGCAUCUGAAACUGAAGAGGUGCUAACAUCCAAAGUUGAGGAAGUAACUCCUGAAGUUGAUGAGGCAUUACUACUUGGAAUUGAUGAGAGUUUGCUACAUGAAGUUGAUGAAUUGCCUUCUGAAAUUGAGGAGGUACUAGCACAUGAAAUACUAGAAGCAUUGGCACCUUUGGUUCAACAGGUACUGGCAUCUAAAGUUGACCCAUUAUUAACAACUGAAUUUGAAGAGGAACUGGUGUCUGAAGUUACAGAAACUUUUGCACCUUCAGUUCAAAAGCCACUGUCUCAUGGAGUUGAGAACCUACCAGCACCAGAAGUUGAGGAAGCCUUAACACAUGAAAUCAAGGCAGCACCAGCACCUGAUAUUAAAAAAGUACUUGCACCUGCUGUUGCUGAGACACUGACAUCAAAAGUUGAGACAUCAACAAGUAAGGUUGAAGAGGUAAUAUCAUCUGAAGUUGAGGCUUUACAAGUACUUGAAGCUGAGGAAGUUGAAAUUCAGGAUUUAUCACCUCAUCAAUUAAAAGAGACACCAUCAGCUAAAAUUGAAAGGUCACAGGGAUGUGAAGUUGAGAUAGUGGAACCUCAGUUUGAGAUAUUACCAUCUGGAGUUGACAUCAACACAGAGGUUAUGGAGCCACUUGGAUCAGCAAUUGAGCUACUACAAGAGGUUGAGGUACUGGCACCUACAGUUGAACCACUGGCACUUGAAUUUGAGGAGAUAUUGAUAUCUGAAGUUGAAGUACUAGCUCUUGAAGUUGAAGAUGUACUGGCACCUAAAUUUGAGGUGCCAGCAUCUGGAAUUGAGAAAACUCCUUCCCAUGAAGUUGAGUUCUUGGCAGCAGAAGUUGAAGUACUGGUACCUGAAUUAAUCGUAAAAUCAUUAGAAGCUGAGGAAGUACUGGUAUCUGAAGUUGAAGGUGAAGUGAAGGUGCUGGAAAUUGAGGAAGUACAGACAUCAGAAGUUGAGGAAGUACAUGCAGUACCUGAAGUUGAAAUGAUUAUGACAAUUGAAUAUAGGGAGACACCAUCUGAAGUUGAGAUAACAUUUGUACCAGAUAAUGAAAUAUUAUUAACUCCUGAAACUAAGAGGAUGUUUGUAUCUGAUGAUAGAAUUUCUUCUCAUGAAAUUGAGAGCACACUGGCAUCUAGAACUGGAGAGUCAGUGACACAUAAUGUUGAGGAAAUUGUGGCUUCCAAUAUUGAAAUGUUGACACAUAAAGUAGACAAUGUAUCGCCACUGAAGACAGAAGAGCCGCUGAUACCUGUGCUAGAGAGGAAUUUGGCACCCGAGAUAGAGCAAAUUCUUGCAAUGGAAAUGGAGAAGGUUUUGGAAGCAAAAUUUGAUAAACUAUCAGCUGUUGUGAAAAAUUUAUUUACAAAUAAAUUAUACAAAAUAAUUGUUGAAUUUAAAGAAAUAUUUAUAUCUUCAGAGAAAGAUAUUCCUUGUGAAUUGGAAGAAGCAUCUCAAGCUGAGAGGUUCAUUUCUACAGAAGAGGCUGAGAAAGUAGUGAGACAUGAAGUUAAGAAAAGACUGGCUCCUGAACCUAAGGGAUCAGACUUCUCAGAAGUUGAAGAGGUUUUCACUCUUGAAUAUCCAGAAUUAUGUAAAAUUCGAUCUGGAGAAACAUUCCUAGCAAAUAUCACAGCAGAUGGAAUGAUAGAAAGGGAUGAUGAAAUCAAAACAGUCUUAGAUAACAUAGAGGUAGGUAAAGUAGAUUUAGUAUCAUCAGAAGAUCAAGAAACACAGGUACUUGAAUCUCCAGUACAGAUUUUAGCAGCUGAAGUUGGAGAAGGAUUUUCAUUUAAUGAUGAUGACUUUGUACGUCAGGUUGAUUAUAUAAGUGAGUCUGAAAGUAAGAUACAGUAUUCUGCAAAUGAAGAGCUAGUGGAAAAUGAGUUUCAUGAAUUUCAUGAUUUUGACAAUCAAUUACUAGAAGAGCCUGAAUCUGAAAACAGACUACCUGAGAUCAAAAUUGAGAGUGAAGCACCUGAAUUUAGUGAAACAAUUUCAUCUGAAGGGAUGUCAGAUCACAAUGUAGAGGAAAUAGUGUUGCUUGAAAUUUUUGAAGCUGCUGCUUCAGACAGUAUGAAGGCAACAUCAUAUGAAUAUGAAGAGCUUUUGCAACUUGAAAUCAAAGAAGUAUUAACAUCCGAUGUGAUAGAUACUUUGACCUCUACACAAGUAACAUUAACCCCAGAAGUGCAGCAUUUCUUAGAAACUGAGGACAAUAGCAUUUCCUCUUUUGCAUCCACUGAAUUUGAAAUAUUUACAUCUGAAAUUGCACAAGUACACUCAAAACCUGAACUAAAAGUAAUGGAGCAAGAGACAUUAAUGGUGGAAGAAGAGCCAGAGCCCACAUUAGCUGACACAGAACCACUGAUAGUGGAAGCAGAACCACCUGUAAGGGAGGCUAAAUCAACUGAGCAAGAAGCAAAAUUGAGUAUUUCACCCAUAGAUUAUGCUGAAAUCAAACCAGAGGUAAACAUUUUAAUGGAAGAGCCGGUGUUGGAAUUGAAAGCAACAUUAAUGAAAGAUACAGAGAUUCAUGUGAAACCAGAAACAGUGAUAGAAUCACAAAUAACCAUCAAAGGAUUUGAGCCAAUAAUGGUGAGUCUAGAACCGAUAGUGGUGAGGCCAGAACCAAUAGUUGUUAGACCUGAGCCAAUAACGGUUAGGCCAGAGCCAAUAGUGGUAAGACUAGAGCCAAUAAUGGUGAGACCAGAGACAUUAGUAGUACAACCAGAACCAAGAGUGGUAGAACAAGAACCAACUUCAGCUGAAGAAAAGUUAAAAACAACAGGAAUGGAGUCAGAAACAACAACAAUAGAGCCACAUCUAGUAGUGGUCAGUAUGGGAAUAGAGUCAACACUGGUGGAAGCAGGUAAAGAAAUUGUAGCCACAGAUCCAUCAGAGAUUGAACCAGAAUCAGCAACGUUAGAGCAACAAUUGAGCAAGAUAAAACCGGAACUAGCAGCUGAAGUGAUGGAACCAGAAAUAUUGGAGAUGGAAGCAGAAUCACCUUUUAUGAGGGGAGAACAAAUUAUGGAUAGCCAAGAACUUAGAGAGGUAGAAACAAAACAAAUAGUGGUGGAAAUUGAAAUAUCAGAGGUGGAGCAAGAACCAGUACUGGUGACAAAGCCAAAACUAGGAGAGACAGGGGCAGGAGUGGUGCAGGCAGAAACAGUGACUGAGGAAUCAGAAUCAUCAAUAUUGAUAGCUAAAGAAAUACUAGAUGAACUGGAAUCAACAGUGAAACUAGAAGGAACAGUGAUAGAAAUACAAGAGGUAGAGUCAGAAUCAGCUGAGGAGGUACUGGCACCUGAAGUUGAAGAGCUACUGACAACUGAAGUUGAGGUACUGACACCUGAAGUUGAGGUACUGGCACCUAAAGUUGAGGAGGCACUGGCACCUGAAGUUGAUGAGGUACUGACAUUUGAAGUUCAGGAGGUAUUGGCAUCUGAAGUCGAAGAGGUACUGGCACGUGAAGUUGAUGAGGUACUAACAUUUGAAGUUCAGGAAGUAUUGGCAUCUGAAGUUGAAGAGGUACUGACACCUGAAGUUGAGGAGAUACUGACAUUUGAAGUUAAGGAGGAGUUGGCAUCUAAAGUUGAAGAGGUACUGGCACCUGAAGUUGAGAUUCUAGCACUUCAAGAUGAGGAACUACUGACAGCUGAAGUUGAAGUACGGACACCUAAAGUUAUAAGUUUGACACCUGAAAUUCAGGAGCUGCUAACAACUGAAGUUGAAAAGGUAUUGAUGACUGAAGCUAAGGAGGGAUUGGCAACUGAAGUUGAGGGACUACUGCCAACUAAAGUUCAGGAGGUACUGGCACCUGAAGUUCAGGUGCUGACACAUGGUGAAGAUGUACUGGAAACUGAAGUUCAGAUUCUGGCAACUGAAGUUCAGGAGGUACUGGCACCUGAAGUUCAGGAAGUGCUGACACCUGAAGGUGAAGAGGUACUGCAAAUAGAAGUUCAGAUUCUGACACCUGAAGUUAAGAAGUUACCAGCACCUGAAGGUGAAGAGAUACUGGCACCUGAAGUUGAUGAGGUAUUGGCACCUGAAGUUGAUGAUGAACUGACUCCUGAAGUUGAGAAGGUACUGGCACCUGAAGUUGAUGAAUUACUGGUACCUGAAGUUGAUGAGGUACUAACACCUGAAAUUGAGGAGGUACUGGCACCUGAAGUUGAUGAAGUAGUGCCAUCUGAAGUUCAUGAUUUACUGGCACCUGAAGUUGAUGAGGUACUGGCACCUGAAGUUAAUGAGGUACUAACACCUGAAGUUGAGAAACUGGCACCUGAAGUUGAUGAGCUAGUGCCACCUGAAGUUCAUGAUUUACUGGCACCUGAAGUUCAUGAGGUACUGAUACCUGAAGUAGAGUUACUGUCACCUGAAGUUGAUAAGGUACUGGCACCUGAAGUUGAUAAGGAAUUGGCACCUGAGGUUGAUGUGGUACUGGCACCUGAAGUUGAUGAGGUACUGGCACCUGAAGUUGAUGUGGUACUGGCACUUGAAGUUGAUGAAGUACUGGCACCUGAAGUUGAUGAGGUACUGGCACCUGAAGUUGAUGAGGUACUGGCACCUGAAGUUGAUGUGGUACUGGCACUUGAAGUUGAUCAGGUACUGGCACCUGAAGUUGAUGAGGUACUUGCACCUGAAGUUGAUAAGAUACUGACACCUGAAGUCGAGAAGGGACUGUCACUUGAAGUUAAGGAUGUACUGGUACCUGAAGUUGAGAAGUUAAUGGCAUCUGAAGUUCAGGUGUCGACACCUGAAGCUGAGGAGAUACUGGCACUUAAAGUUAAGGAGGUACUGGCACCUGAAGUUGAGAAGGUACUGGCAUCUGAAAUUGAGAUUCUGGCACCUGAAGUUGAAAUUCUGACACUUGAAGUUGAGGAGGUAUUGGCACCUGAAGUUAAGAAGGUACUGGCACCUGAAGUUGAGGAGGUACUGGCACCUGAAGUCAAGAUUCUGACUCUUGAAGUUGAGGAGGUAUUGGCAUCUGAAGAUAAGGAGGCACUGGUACCUGAAGUUGAGGAGGUAAUGGUAUCUGAAGUUCAGAUUCUGACACUUGAAGUUGAGGAGGUAUUGGUGCCUGAAGAUAAGGAGGUACUGGCACCUGAAGUUGAAGAGGUACUGGCAUCUGAAGUUGAAGAGGUACUGGCAUCUGAAGUUCGGGUACUGGCAUCUGAAGUUGAAGAGGUACUGGCAUCUGAAGUUGAAGAGGUACUGGCAUCUGAAGUUCGGAUUCUGACACUUGAAGUUGAGGAGGUAUUGGCACCUGAAGUUAAGGAGAUACUGGCACCUGAAGUUGAGGUGGUACUACCACCUGAAGUUGAAGAGGUACUGACAUGUGAAGUUAGGGAGGCACUGGCACCUGAAGUUGAGGAAGUACUGGCACCUGAAGUUGAGGAAGUACUUGCAUCUGAAGUUGAGGUACUGACACCUGAAAUUGAAGAAAUACUGGUACCUGAUGUUGGGAAGGAACUGGCACCUGAAGUUGAAGAGGUACUAACAUCUGAAGUUCACAUUCUGGCACCUAAAGUUGAGGAGGUAUUGGCACUUGAAGUUGAAGAGAAGCUGACACUUGAAGUUGAUGAGGAACUGGCACCUGAAUUUGAGGAGGUGCUGGCACCUGAAGUUGAUGAAGUAGUGACACCUGAAGGUGAUGAGAUACUGGCACCUGAAGUUCAGAAGAUUCUAGCACCUGAAGUUGAGGAGGUACAGGCACCUGAAGUUAAGAAAAUAUUGGCACCUGAAGUCGAGAAGAUAUCAGCACUUGAAGUUGAGGAGGUACUGACACCUGAAUUUCAGGCAGUACUUGCACCUGAGAUUGACGAGGCACUGGGAGUUCAGAUUCUGAUAUGUGAAGUUGAGGAGGAACUGUUACCUGAAGUUCAGGAGGUACUUCCACCUGAAGUUGAUGAAGUACUGGCACCUGAAGUUGGGGUACUGACACCUGAAGUUGAAGAGGUCUUGGUACCAGAAGUUGAGGUUCUGUCACCUGAAGUUGAGAAGAUACUGGCACCUGAAGUUGAGGAGGUCCUGGCACCUGAACUUAUGGUACUGACAUCUGAAGUUGAUGAGAUACUGGCACCUGAAAUUGAGGAGGAAGUGGCAUCUGAAUUUAAAGAGGAACUGGCACCUGAAAUUGAGGAGGUACUGACAUCUGAAGUUGAAAAGGAUCUGGUACCUGAAGUUGAGGAGGAACUGGCACCUGAAACUGAGAGGGUACUGGCACCUGAAGUUGAGGAGGUAUUGUCACCUGAAGUUGAGGAGGAACUGGCACCUAAUUUUGAGGAGGAACUGGCAUCUGAAGUUGAGGAGGUACAGUCACCUGAAGUUGACGAUGUACUAGGACGUGAAGUUAAGGAGAAACUGGCACGUGAAGUUGAAAUUCUGGCAUCUGAAGUUGAGGUACUGGCUACUGAAGUUGAUGAGGUACUGACACCUGAAGUUGAUGUGAUUCUGGCACCUGAGGUUGACGUUCUGGCAUCUGAAUUUAAGGAUGUACUGGCACCUGAAGUUGAGGAGGUACUGGUACCUAAAGUUCAGGAGGUACUUACAUCUGAGGUUGAGGAGGUACUGACAUCUGAAAUUGAGGAGAUAUUGACAGCUGAAGUUGAAGAGGUACUGGCACCUGAAGUUGCAAUUCUUGCACCUGAAGUUGAGGAGGUAUUGACACCUGAAGUUGAGGCAGUACUGGCACCUGAAGUUAAGAUUCUUGCACCUGAAGUUGUGGAGGUACUGACACUGGAAGUUGAAAAGGUACUUGCACCUGGAGUUGAGAUUCUGGCACCUGAAGAUGUAGGGGUAAUGGCACCUGAAGCUGAGGAGGUACUCUCACUUGAAGUUGAGAAUAUACUAGUACCUAAAGUUAAGGAGGUUCUGGCUACUGAAGGUGAGAUGGUUCUGGCACCUGAAGUUGAGGUUCUGGCACCAGAAGUUGAGAUUCUAUCACUGGAAGUUGAAGUGAUUCUGGCACCUGAAGUUGAUGUGAUUCUGGCACCAAAUGUUAAGGAGGUACUGGUAUCUGAAGUUGAGGUACUAGCACCUGAAGUUGAGGUGCUGGCACCUGAAUUUGAGGAGAUACUUACACCUGAAGUAGAAAUUUUGGCACCUGAAGUUGAGAUUCUUGCAUCUGAAGUUGUAGAGGUAAUGUUACCUGAAGGAGAGGAGUUACUGGCACCUGAAGUUCAGGAGGUACUGACAGCUGAAGUUGAGAUUCUUGCAUCUGAAGUUGUAGAGGUAAUGUUACCUGAAGGAGAGGAGUUACUGGCACCUGAAGUUCAGGAGGUACUGACAGCUGAAGUUGAGAUUCUGACACGUGAAGUUGUAGAGGUAAUGGUACCUGAAGUUGAGGAGGUAGUCACGCUUGAAGUAGAGAAGAUACUAGUACCUAAAGUUGAGGAGAUAAUGGCACCUGAAGUUGAGGUAGUUCUGAUACCUGAAGGUGAGAUUUUGGCACCUGAAGUUGAUGUGGUUAUGUUACCAGAAGUAGAGAUUUUGACACCAGAUGUUGAGAUUUUGGCACCAGAAGUUGGGAGCCUGGCACCAGAAGUUGAGAUUCUUCCACCAGAAGUUAAAGCACUGACACCAAAAGUUGAAAAGGUGCUGACACCUGAAGUUGAGAUUCUGGUACCUGAUGAUGUAGAGGUAAUGGCAUUGGAAGUUCAAGAAGCACUGGCACUUGAAGUUGAGAAGAUACUGAUACCUGUAAUUGUUGAGGUUUUCGUACCUGAAGUUGAGGAGGUAUUGGCACUUGAAGUUCAGGAGAUACUGGCACCUGAAGUUGAGGAGGUUCUGGCAGCUGAAGUUGAGGACAUUCUGACACCUGAAGUUGAGGAGGAACUGGCAACUGAAGUUGAGGAUGUACUGGUACCUGAAGUUGAGGAUGUUCUGGCACCUGAAGUUGAGGAGGUACUGGCACCUGAAGUUGAGGACAUUCUGGCACCUGAAAUUGAGGAUGUUCUGGCACCUGAAGUUGAGGAGGCACUGGAACCUGAAGUUGAGAAACAAGCACCUGAAUUUGAGGAUAUUCUGGCACUGGAAGUUGAACAGGAACUGGCACCUGAAGUUGAGGUACUACCACCUGAAGUUGAGGUACUGGCACCUGAAGUCCAGGAAGUAUUGACACCAGAAGCUGAGGAGGAAGGGGUACCAGAAGUUAAGGAGGAAGGGGUACCUGAAGUUGAGGUACUGGCACCUGAAAUUGAGAGGGUACUGGCACCUGAAGUUGAAGAGCUACUGGCACCUGAAGUUGAGGAGGUACUGGCACAUGAUGUUGAGAGAGUACUGGCACCUGAAGUUGAGGAGGUACUGGCACCUGAAGUUGAAAGGGUCCUGGCACCUGAAGCUGAGGAGGUACUGGCACCUGAAGUUGAGAGGGUCCUGGCACCUGAAGUUGAGGAUGUACUGACACCUGAAGUUGAGAGGGUCCUGGCACCUGAAGUUGAGGACAUACUGACACCUGAAGUUGAGAGGGUACUGGCACCUGAAGUUGAGAAGGUACUGUCACCUGAAGUUGAAGAGGAAUGGGCACCUGAAGUUAAAGAGGAAGUGACACCUGAAGUUGAGGAUGUUCUGGCACCUGAAGUUGAGAAGGUACUGGCACCUGAAGUUGAGAAGGUACUGGCACCUGAAGUUGAGGAGGAACUGGCACUUGAAGUUGAGAAGGAACUUCCACCUGCAGUUGAGGAGGUAGUGACACAUGAAGUUGAGGAGGUACUGGCACCUGUAGUUGAGGAGGAACUGACAUCUGAAGUUGAGGAUGUUCUGGCUCCUGAAGCUGAGGAGGUAUUGGCACCUGAAGUUGAGGAUAUUCUGGCACUUGAAGUUGAGGAAGUUCUGACACCUGAAGUUGAGGAGGAACUGACAGCUGAAGUUGAGAAAGUACUUACAUAUGAGGUUGAGGAGAUACAGACUCCUGAAGUUGAGGACAUUCUGGCACCUGAAGUUGAGAAACUGUCAUCUAUAGUUGAGGAGGUACUGGCACCUGAAAUUGAGGAUGUUGUGGCACCUGAUAUUAAGGAGGUACUGGCACCUGAAGUUGAGGAUAUACUGGCACCUGAAGUUGAAGAGGAACUAGCACCUGAUGUUGAGGAAAUACUGUUACCUGAAGUUGAUUUUCUGGCACCUGAAGUUGAGGAGGUACAGGCACUUGUAGUUGAGGAGAUACUUGCACCUGAAGUUGAGGAGAUACUGGCACCUGAAGUUGAAGAGGGAUUGGCACCUGAAGUUGAGGCGAUACUGGCACCUGAAAUUGAGGAGGUAUUGGCACCUGAAGUUGAAGAGAGAUUGGCACCUAAAGUUGAAGUACUGACACCUGAAGUUGAAGAGGGACUGGCAUCUGAAGUUGAGCAGGAACUUUUCCUUGAAGUUGGCAUUGCACUGGCACCUGAAAUUGAUGAAGUACUGGAAACUGAAUUUGAGGAGGCUCUAGCACUUGAAGUUGAGGCAGUUCUUUCUCCUGAAGGUGAUAAAGUACUGGAAACUGAAUUUGAGGAGGAACUGGCACUUGAAGUUGAGGCAGUUCUUUCUCCUGAAUUUGAUGAGCUACCUGAAUCUGAGUUUGAGAAGGUACUAGAGCUUGAAGUUGAGGCUGCUCUGGCACCUGUAAGUGAUGAGGCAAUGACAUCUGAAAUUGAUGAGAUGCUGGUGUCUGCAGGCAAGAAGAUAAAGGCACCAGAAACAACAGAUGUGAAAGUGGAACCAAUAUUGGUGGAAGAACCAGAAAUAAUGGAGCCAGAACCAGAAGUGUUGCACCUGGAAGUAACCCUGCCAGAGUCAGAAUUGAAAAUGAUGGAGAAAGAACCAGAAGUUCUGGAAGCAAGGAAAGUUAUGUUGGAGACAGAGCCUGUGUUAGACCCAGACCUAUUAGCACUGGAAGUUGAGCCUAUUAUGGCAGAGGUAGAACCAACAGUUACAGAAUCAAGUUUAGUAAUGGUGAAGCCAGACCCAGGAGUUGUAGAGGUAGAACCAGUAAUGGUGGAACCAGAAACAGAACCAGAACCACAAGUAAUGGAAGGAGAACUAAUAAUCAUGGAAACAGAAUCAACAUGGACAGCCAUAGAUUCUAUGUUAUUGAAACCAGAACCAAUUGUAGAAGAACCAGAAAUAUAUUUAGUUACAUUAGAGUCAGGAUUGGAAGAACCAAAAUCAACAGAAACAGAGCCUGAGCCUGUAAUCAAGGAACUGAUGGAAGCUGGAUAUGUCAUUGAGCAAUCAGAAAAAAAUAAAUUGAAAUUGAAACUAGAACUCGAACCAAUAAUGGAACAAACAGAGCCACCAUUAGUGAAACCAAAAUCUACACUUGAAGAAUCAGAAUUAGAAGUGAAAGAAUCACUGUCAAAACCAGCAAUGGGAGAUAUAAAACUAGAGAAAACUCUUGUUCAUGAACAGCCAGGAAUGGUAGAGACAGAAUCUACUUUUGAGGAGGCAGUGGUGGUCAUAAUAGAGCCAGAAUCUACAAUGGUGGUGACAGAACCAGGAGUUGUGAAAGAAGAUUCAUUGAUAUUAGAAGCAGAGCCAGCACUGAUAAAGCCAGAACCAUCAGGAAUGGAAGAAGUCGAAGAAGACGUUGAAAUUGAUUCCAAAGACAUUGUUGAUGUAUAUAUUCUGAAAAACAAAGAUUUAGUUAAGGAAAGCUAUAUUCUUGAAAUGCCUGAACCAGCUUUGCCAGUAGAUCUUAAUGUGUUAAAGAAAACAUCUGUUUGUAUGGAUAUGGUUUCCAGUUUAGUAAAUGACUCAUUAGAAGUAGAUUCUUAUGUAUCAUUAGAUGAAAAUGUAUUGUCCAAAUCUGAGAUGAAUGAAACUGUAGGGGAAGCUGACAUUUCUAUUUCAGAGCCUGUAGUUACAGUGAGUAAUGUAGUUGAUGUUGUAUUUUCUGAAGUUAACACUCAAGAAAUAAAAGACACCCAAGUAGAGGUCAGUAAUACAGCCAUAGGUUCCAAUGGAAGUAUAGUAGAGGUAGUUAAGUCUCCUGUAGAUUAUGUUGACAUUACACAGAACGAUCCAAAUAUACCUGUCGAAAGACUGGCUGCCAGUGAAGGCAGUGAGCCACAUUCAAUUGCCAAGUCUGAAGCUGCCAACGAUGAAGUUCCUCAGAACAUAUUAACCCUCAAGGUUGAAAACAGCAGCACAGUUGAUGCAAAAGUGACAAUGCCACUAUCCAUCUCUUCAAGUAAAGUAACAUCAAAUGUAGUAGAUGACUCACAACAGUCUGAUGACAAGAGAACAGAAGCCUCUGAGGCUGAAAUGGCUGGGACAACACCACCUAUAUCACAAGCAGCUCAGCUCUCUCAUGUGUUUGCCAUUUGUGCUGGGGAAGCACUUAAUGAAGCAACUGAGGAAACUGUUCGAGGUGACACUGAAGAGAACCCAGUUGAAGAAUCUCUGACUGAAAAGUUUUUGAAAACAUCUCAUAACCUGAUGCUGAUCAUGUUGAAUGACAUUGUCAGCCCCUGUAUUGAAUAUGUUUGGGAAGGCUUCAUAUACUCAUCGCAGUUCAUAAGGCUCCCAGAAGGCCUGGCUUUUGGAGUUGAAGCAGAAGUGGCUGAGCCAGAAAUGUCACAAGGAGCGCUGGUAUUUUUAUCCAUUGUGGUCUUCACCAUAGUCACCAUCUACCUUGUUCACCUCAUCAUGUUGGCUGCCCGGAAGGUGUACUCUAAAAUUUCACGGGAAACUCCCAUUCUUGAGGCUCUGAACACCAUGGACCAUGAGAAGCGACUUCUACAUCAUGAAAACACAACACUCCAUGAAGAACUGCUCAAGGCUCAUUCUGAGUUGAAAGAAAUCACAUUACGAAUCACAGAGUCUAGUGGAGACGUCAGUGACCUUGACACUCAACUUGAACUCAUCAAGCGUGAACAUGCUGCUGAAACUGCUCAGCAAGAAGAGAAGAUAGCCCAGCUGGAGCAUGCGUUGGAUGAAGCCGCAAACAACAGCAAUGAGAUGCACAAGAUACUUUCGGAAAUGUUAUCAGCACAAAAGGAUACAUCAACUUUCCAGGCAUCAGUAGACCACCUGCAGGAAAUGCUUGAUGGUCAACAAGAAAAGGUGGAAGCAUUGAAUUCUGACCUAGCACUGAAAACAAGACUAAAUGAAGAACUUCAUCUUGAACUGUCGUCUUCCAGAGAACAAGUGGCAAAAUUAGAUUCUCAGGUUCAGCAGUUAACACAGUCACUCAAGGAGUUGAGCACUUCCAAGGAGGAUGUCAACCAGCAGCUACUGAAGGAUAUGGAACUUGUUAAGGAACUCCAGACUGCCAAUGAGUCCCUCUCCAAACAGUCUGAGGACUAUGACCAUCAGCUGUCAGACCUAAAGCAAGAACUGCAGACAUUACAAGACACCAUUGCCACCUUGCGGGAAAGUGUGGGCACUAAGGACUCAGAGCUUAAAGUUGCUAAGGAAUGCUUGAAAACACUCCAGUUAACCUCAGGGGAUUCUGAAGUUGCACCAGAUGACAAAAAGCUGUCCUCACUCUUUGAUGUCAUUACAAUUAAGGCAGAAUUGCAGAGGGUGAGCAAUGAACGCCUCAACUUAGAAGACCAGUUGAAAGAAUCAGAAAUGGCCCAGAAAAACUUGGAAGACACUAUGUCCUCCAUUCGGUCAGAGGUAACAGACUUACGGAUGAUGCAUGACGAAGCAAUACAUGAGAAGCAAGAGGCAAUGAGCAAGUUAGCAGUCUUGACCCAAUAUUUUGAAGAGAAAGAAGCGCAACUCACAAAGGAACUGGAGUCACAGGAAGGACUACGGAUGGAUGCUGAAGGGACAGCAGCCUCUGUGGGCCACAAGAUUCAUAACUAUGAGUUGGAAGUUGCUUCCUACAAGGAGGGGAAGAGUUUCCCUGAAGCAAAGAAAGGAAUAAUCAACAGAAUGUCCUUGGAACACUUCAACCUGGCAGACCUGUCACCCACCACAGGAGAUGUGCCUGUCUCAGACGAGUACAAAGUAGAAUGGGUUAAAGCCAAAGCUGAAUUCAAGCGAAAAAAAUCAGCUGCUUUCACUGCUGAUGUUUGUGAUCCGAGUCAAAAGAGCUGUGGCCCCACUGUGGCCUUUGCUCUCCAGUCCUCUGAUUCUGCCCAUUCUUCAGACUCAGGCCAGAGCCUCAAUGAAUCAGCACAUUCAUAUGAAUCUUCUUUGUCACAAGAAACAAGAAGUAACAACAAGCCUGAACAAUUAGAAGGUAGUGGAAUCUCCUCAAAACUAGAUGUAUUGCAAUGUGUUCCCUUCACAACCAGUGUAGGAAGCUUCUCUGGAACAUCAUUGUCACGACCAGCUUCCCUCAAGAUAUCAUCAAGAUUGGAUUCCUUAUCCUCUGGACACAUGAACACAAACGAUGCACUGUCCACAUCAUCAGUAACAACAAGCCUAAACUCAUUAACAACCCAACUCUCUGGUGUGGAUAGCGAACCAAAGCUUAGUAUGUCAGUCCAAGUCGAAGGACACAGCCAGUCUUCUCACGACAUGGGGUUGCACAGCAGUAACUUGGUAGAUAUUGGAGCAGUUUAUGGCACUCAUUUUGAUGUGACCAUACAGGAAACUCCUGCCUCUGAUGAUGUGAAGAGUACGGUUGCUGCCAUGAAGAGCAUCUUUGAGAGAGAUGCUAAACUUAGGUCUGUGUCAGACAAAUUUUCCUUUGGCUCAAAUGAAAACCUCUCUUUUGGCACAACAUUGAAGAGUUCACACAGCUCAGCAUCACUGACCAAGACAGAAAAGAAAGAGUUUGGGGCAUUCAGCUCUGCAGAUAUGAAUGUGAUGGAGAAGCAGAAAAAAGCUCAAGUUCAAAGUUUGCAAAAAGAACUACAAGAUCAAGAGAAUUCCUACAAGGCUCAACUAGACAGCUGUGAGAAGAAGGCACAUGACAACUGGCUCCAGGCACGUGCUGCUGAGCGAAAGCAUGAAGAACAAAGGCAGGAGAACAGUCAGCUGCGGAACCGGCUGACACUGUUGCAGAAGGAGAGAGAAGACAUGCAAGGAAGCAUCCUGAAACCUUCCAAACGUCUAGAUGCUAAUGGAAGAAUGCCUUCUCCAGGCCCCAUUUUAGAAGGGGAGGUGGAUGGUGAACACUCUGAGUCACCGCCUCAUCCUUUACAUGGUCCACCACCUGUAUUACCCAUGAUGUUGCCCCCAGGAGCCCCAUUACCCCCAGGAAUCCCUCCCCAUCAUGGUUUUCCUGGAGCGCCACCACCUCCCCCACCACCUGGUCUGUCACGUGGGAUGCCUCCUCCAUUCCAUCCUGGGGAGUUCCCAUUCAUGAGACCACCACUGCCUCCCCUCCCAGGAGACCGACGCCUUCCUCCUGCCGGAGGCAUGUCAUCUCCUCCAUUCAGGAGAUCUGGAUCUCCAACGUAUGGUCACCGCAAUGACCGCUACUCUCCUAGCAGUGAACAUUCUCACCUCUCAGACCGCCAUUAUUCACCACCACCCCUCCGUCACAGACCUCCUUCCCCUGACAUGCACCGCCGUAAUCAUUCCCCUGAUAGGAGGUCUGAUAGGUUAAGAUCACCUGACCGUCGCUCAGACAGAGUCAGAGCUUCUCCCGAUCAUCAUCGCUCAAACCGGAGAACCCCAGAUCGUAGAUUAGACAGACGUUCUCCAGAUAGACACUUCUCCACGAGGUCACCCGAUGGUUACCAUAGACACAGGUCUUCUCCCCACGACUAUUAUGAUCAUUCUGAUUAUAAUAGUGAUGACUCCAGGUUACACCAGACUUCAAAUAAAGGAAAGAAGACUUCCACACCCCUGGCCCCCUCGGACAGGUGGAGGAAUGAUGUAUAGCUGCUGCUGCUGCUAGGUGCAAUUUAUUGUGUGUCUGGAUCCAGAGUUUUCCAGUUUUAUCUUCUCACAAAGUCUUUACUAGUGACUGCACACCUACACAGUUGCUUUGUUAUUUAUUUAUUACUUGAAUAAAAACCAUUCCAAGUGAAGAAAGGGGAACAAAAUUGUUAUACUUCACAGAUAAUUCACAUAAUUUCUAAUCACAUAUAAUCAUUUUUCUUUUGAGUUAGUCUCAAGAGAUGGAUUUGCAUACUUUACUGUGAUGGUUUGUAAGUAUUUCCUUUCAUAUUGGCAAUAGACUCAUUGGCGUCCCUGGUGAUGUUUGAGCAGGUCAUCUAGAGCUGCAGGGCCACUGUAUUUACUUUGUGAGUCCAGUAGUGGAGAGUUGUCUUCAUUGUGGUUGUUUUGAAGAUGGUGUGAUAUGGCAGGAAGAGUGAAGCAUUCAGCUCUUGUAAAAGAAAAGCUGCAAUUUUCUGUGACUGGUUGUAUGAAUGCUUGUGAGUUUAGCAUGAAACUGUAUAUUUGUAACAUUCAUUGUAUAUUAGAAUGAAGCAUUUUGUACUUGAUCACCUUAGUGAGUUCCCAUUGGUCAUACAAUGACUGGUGAUUAAUUUCCAGUGGCAGUAGUGAGCAGGUGCUGUAUGUUCAUGGUGAGGUUUCCCCUUGUUAUAAUAUGUUGAUGACAGUUUAAUAAACUUGUAUGAAA